UGACUGAUAUUAGUUAUAUACCUUAAUCAAGGACACAUUGUAAAUAAAGUAUCAAUUAUGUUAUAAAACUGGUUUAGAUGAACGAUCCGGGUCAUGAAUACAUUUUGUGUUCAUAGUGGGGCAACAUUGAUAAGAUAAGACUUUAGAAUUGCGUAUAAACACUUCGUCAUUUCUUUGUCAAUAUGUUUAUUUCGAAAAUGACGACCAACAUGUCAGUUUGUGUCGUUUGCUUCUUAUUUGGAUUUGUAUAUAUUGAAGCAGUAACUGAUCAGGAAUUUCAAACUUUAUUGGUCAGGUUUUCUGAACUGGAAGAAAAACACGCAUUUUCCGAUAAACGAAUCGGUGCACUCGAAAAAGAAUAUGUGUCGUCCAAGAAAAUAAUAGCUGAUUUAGAAGACACUUUUGAACAGAAGAGUCACUUUUCUCAAACUGUAUUUUAAUUUAAUAGCUUCGCUUGAGAAGGCAGUGUCGGACAAAAUAUUUAAUACGUAUGAAAAUGACAAAUCAACGUCUGGCAGCACUAUCGACACAUAUAAAAAGGACACGAUGGUACACGAUGUAAUUAUUGAAACGUUGGAAAAGGAUAAUAACUUGCCUGUUAACAAGAGCAUACAGGAUGAAAGCAACCAUUCUUUGUUCGAAAAGGAAAUCCGGUCAACUGCUGUUCAGCCAGUCAAAAACAGAUUUGUUCCAGGGGAAGUUGUUGCUUUUUCUGCCAUGAAAGUUGCCAACCAACAACAUAUCGGCCUUAAUCAGAACAUCAUCUUUGAGCAGGUCCUUACAAAUGAAGGAGACGGGUACCAUCCUCUACACGGCGUAUUCAUAGCACCACAAUCCGGCCUUUACGUGUUGUCAUCUGCUGUUUUGACCUUCUGGGGUCAAGAGAUACAUACCGCUAUAAUUCACAACGGAAACAUCAUUGCGCGCAUUUACGGUCAUGGUGAUAAUGGCAGACACGACCAGGGAAGUCAGACGGUUGUCUUAAAGCUAAACGUUGGCGAUGAAGUAGCUGUUCAAAAUAUAGACUAUGCAGAUACCAAUAUCUUCGGAGAAGUUUAUUCGUCCUUCAGUGGCUAUCUAUUGUCGCCGCAAUAAACUAGCCAAAAGCCUACAAUAACAAUGAUUGAAAAUGUUGCUGAUAUGUUAAACACAUGUAUGUACUUCUCUGUCAAAAUUAAAAUGCAACUUAUUCUGCAUAGCACCUAAGAUCAAUUUUGAAUGCGGAAUAUUUAUCUAGCAGGUCAAACAUCUUAUGCUCUACAGUUGUUCAAAGUUUAUAUAUAUUAAUUAUUAUUUUUUAGAUUUCCAUAAACCUGAUUGUUAAACAAUAAAGUCUAAAGCUUCAUUUCGACCUACACUUUACAACUGAACUUAACUAUAGAUACUGUUGUCAUUUCAUUUUAUGAUUAACUUUUUUAUUUUAAGUAUAUACGCGAAAUUAGCGGCAAUUAUAAUCGUUAAGGUCUUAAUUCAAUAAUGUUGACGUUAAAAGAUUAAAUAACGUCUGUUUUGUAUUAUUUAUUUAUCAUUCUUAGAUAGUUCCGGUGAUAUUGUGCUAAUAAAAAGCAUCAAUUAGCCUGAACAGAUCAGCAAGUCCUUUACUUUCUAUAAAUGGAUUUUUAUUUUGUAAAGUAUAUGUAUAUCAAAGCACCUUUCAAUUACAUUUUAUCCAAUAUGUUUCGGUUGAUUUCGGGAAAAGAAAUGUGUUAAAUAUCAUUCGGGAAGUAAAAUCUGAACUUCAUUGAAAAUCAUAAGCAUGUUUAUCUUAUUAACGUAACUUAUUUUUCUUUUUCGUAACAUGCGUAUAUUACUUUUUUAAAUAAUGAAGCUUAUUAUGUGGCCUGAUUUCAAUAUUCAAAGCUCUCCUGGCGCCUCGUUUGUGUUUAAAAUUAUGCGAUUUAUAAUAUAAAAAGCAACACAAUAAAACCCGCGCAUAUGUCGUUAUAUUGUGGUGAUAAUAUUUGUUAAAACAUAAACAUUACAACAAAAAUGUUCGGGGUCGGUACCAAGAUUAAAGGUCGAUCAGAUCAGUGGAAAUACAGCUUAUACUAUAAAUCCUAAAUGUUUAUACCAAAUAUGUCGAUAUUUCAAGCACACAAACUAGUUGUUCAUAUCACGUUAACUAUAGUGUACAAUUCUUAUACGUCGCAUUGUGCUCCAUCUGGACAAUAAGAUGUCUUGCAUGAGGAACAAACAACAAAGUCGUUUUUCGUUAACGUUUUUCAUGACGUGUUGUACAGCUGAAUAAGCAAAUAAAUGUCUUAACAUUUA